CAUCUCAAAAACAAUUCCAGUCACGAGUUUAAAUCUACAAAAAUGAAAUAAUCAACUCAUCGGAGCGUAGCGCAGCCUGGUAUAAAUAGCCAGCGAUUGUGUUUUCCCUCUUCCAGUCUUCUGCGAGACAUCGAAGUGCGCAGUUGUGCGCUGCGUUGCGGAAUUUCGAGGACCUUAAUAUUUGUGUAGACUCGCUCACUUACUUAAUAGCUGUAAAAGAGCAUGGACAUGGACCACCUGAACCCAAUGCCCGCCGAAUGUGAUAGUGAUGUGGAGAUCAUUGAGACGGAGCCCAUGGAUAAUCGAAAUCACUAUCUCCGGCAGCCGGAACAAUUUAUGCUUCCCCCUAGAAUGUAUCCGAAAAUUCCGUCCGGCUUUCCCUUGUCACCGCCACUUUCGCCCACCGAUGAACCGUGGCCGUCGACACAUCCCGGCUCCAUGGACAUGCCGCUGCUCAAGGAGCUACUGGCCCGCAACGGACAGAUCAAUGUUCCGCCGGGAUUCGUUCUCUGCAUUCCGUGCUACCUGUGCAAGCAACCCUUCAACGACAUCGACACCUUCAAGGAGCACCUCACGCAGCAUGCGGCGGAUAUCCAUGCCUGGAACACAUCGCGUGCGCAGGCGCAGGAGCCACAGUCGAUGUUCAAGCACCAUCAUCACCAUCCCCAUCCCCAUCAACCCAUGGGUCCGUAUCAGCCUUAUCACCUGCCCAUGGAGUACGUACACCAGCCACCCUUGGAUCUAUACUCGCCACCCAUUCAACCACCGAUGUCGUUUCCAAUGCCACCCACCCACCAACAUGCGAUGCAACCACCACCCAUGCACUACCCCCUCCAACACUCGCUUAAUCCACCGCACCUCGAAAUGCCUCCACAGCCACCACUAGAAUUCCAAGGACCACUCCCCAUGACACCGCAAUCGCUACAGGAGUUCCCCGGUCAACCAGUGUUCGCAGCCCAUCUGAACAAACCACAAUUCCCGCUUCAAAUGCUGGAGCAGAGGUUCUCCGCUCCAGAGAGAAGGUCUGUUCCUGAGGAUGAGCCAGCGGUGCCAGUGAAAGCAAAAGUUCCAAAACCAGUCCACAUUAAAAUUCGAGCUGCAGAGCACCGAAAAUCCCCGCCAAAAAACCCCAAGCCGCCGUCUUCAACGAAGGGUCAGUUCGAGUGCGAGUUUUGUGGCAAGCGGUUGAGCUCCCGCCAGUCUGUGAAAUAUCACGAAAGCCACUUCCAUUCGCAGGAGGAGCUGCCGGCGGAACGGAUGGGCAAGAAUGUGCAGAAGCAGCAUAGGUGUUCCACUUGCAAGAAGCGCUACAAGCGGCGCACCUUCCUGCUGAUGCACAUGAAGGUCAAGCAUGGGAUUAUCAAUGCUCCCGCUCUGGAAUCGCCAGAUGUUCCAGCGUCUCCGGAGGCUGAAGUCUCCCCAGAGGCAGAGACGUCGCCGGCCGAAGAACCGGGUCGAUCGAUCUGGAGCACUCGGAUCUGCAACGCCUUGGCCACAGCCAAGUACGAGCCGGCCCGCGAACGAGCGGACAAGUAUGUGAAUGCGCCACGUCAGCAGUCGGAGCAACUGGAAUCGGGUUUCGCGACCAAGCCGAAGCGGACGUAUCCGAUGCGAUCGCCGUUCUUCAAUCCCGAUCUGUGGCUGGACUGCGAUGCAUACUUCUAGAGGAUUCCCCGGAUGUUGUGGGAGGAACGUGCGCCUACUUAUAUAUUGAAUAUCGAAUAUUCGAGCUGAGAAUAAUGGCAUAUCGCCUAGAAGCGGAAGCGGUCAGCCCAGCUGACUUUUAGUCUCGUUAUUUAAACUAUAAAGUUUAUCUUCAUUUCAUGGAGCUCCCCAAGUAUGUACAAUGUACACUGUACGUAUCGAAAUUCAUGGAUAUGUACACCACCACCACACUCGCUGGCGGUGUUUUCUGUCGUCUCAGCAAAUUGGAUCUCGACUUCGAAACCCAAAGCUAUAGCCAUAAUUGUUUAUGUCACAAUAAACAAAAUCAAAUUGCUGAGCUCAGCGAAGAAAUUUGAGCAUUCGCUCGAGUUCGUCCGUUGAUCUUGUAGGUCUUUUAAAAUGAAAUGAACCAAUGAGAAACCAUAGAGAAACCAAAUAAAGAAUCGUAUAUCCACAACCAAA